AUGCAAACUCCGCCCUACAAGCCACCUCAAGAAUUGCAAGAUAUUCUAAAUAAACAAGCCACACAAAGAAAGCGAACUGCGCAUCUUCCGAAGCGUAAUUGGAUCCAAAGAAAUCCUCGUGCCUUCCAAUUGACAUUUAUAACGACAUCAUUGUUGGUCUUAUUUUCGCGGCCUCUGUACGAUAUCUUCUUUGAAUCAUCGUAUCCGGUCUCCGAUUCCUUGGCUUUUGAAAAGCGCCGGGAGUAA